AUGGCGAUGAUGACUGGCCGUGUGCUGCUGGUGUGUGCCCUCUGCGUGCUGUGGUGUGGUGCGGUGUUUGGACACGCGAUGGAGGAUUACUGCAGUGAGGGCGGAGGGGACGGUUUGAGGCACGCGAGUAAUGGUGGAGAUGACGGCGUGUCUCUAAAGGCGGACUGCGGGCUGUUAUCCACUCGAAUGGCAUUAAUAAAGGCGGUUGAGGCUGUGGAAGCUGUAGAAGAAGGAUUGAGUGGUGUUCCAGACCCAUCUCAGGAUACGGAGGAAUCAUCACCUAAUAAUAAAUUGGACGAUAAUACGCAGUCCACUGGAGCGGCUGGUUUAGGAGGCGGUGUUGCAGGUCCAGCAACAGCAGCAGCGGGAGCAGCAGGACUACCGCCGAAUCCUAAAGGAUCAGAUAAAAAAGGACAGCAGGGAAAACAAGAAGAAUUGGGUCCAGCUGUUGGAAGAAAAGCAGGUAAUAAGGAGGAUCGCAACGACGGUAAGGCAACUGGGCCCAAACUUCAAACUGUCGAUCAACCAUCUCCUUCCUCUUCUUUACCUGGCAGCCCUGGCGCUCGGAACGGUGAAGAACACAAAUUGGAGAAUACCUCAGAGAGUGAUGAACCCUCCGAUGAUUCACCGGAAGAUGACGAAGGGGAUCGUCUUAGCCAAUCCGACAGUCGUGAAGAGAAGGCGGAAGAGCUGGUGAAACAAAACGAAUUAAAUACAGAAAACACAAGUAAUGAGGCACCAGCACUAACAGCAGCACCAGCCGAAGAGGCAGAAGCAAAAACAGCAAUACCAACAACAUCAUUGCAUGGACAUUCCAGCGCUGAGGAUUCGGGAGACGUGCAACAGCUACAACAACCCCAAGACGGCAUUGAGUCAAACGACUCACAAACAAAGACCGCUGCCACCAUCGCAGCCAAUCAACACAAUGAACCGUCUGCCGACCAUGCAGAAUCAGGGCUACCUUCACCCACGGCAAACGGUGAUGCUUCCAAUAAUGAAGCUGACAAUAGCACUGAAGACGGCAUCUCAAACAAUGGCCCAGCAGCCGAUGGUGCAGGGACACGAGAAAAAAAACAAAAUGAAAAUAAAGAUGCCAAUCCGAAGGAAACACCAGUCGAAGCCACAGCCACGAAAACUACAACGGCGACGACUGGCGACAGUGACGGCAGCACCGCGGUCUCCCACACCACCUCCCCUCUUUUCCUUCUUCUUGUUGUUGCGUGUGCGGCUGCUGCUGCGGUGGUGGCCGUGUGA